AUGUUAAAAGUGGCGGAUAUUGAAAACAUGCUAAAGGAUAUACCCAGUGGUUAUUUGAAACCCGAUCAUGAUUUAUUUACCAGCACCAAUACUGCCAUUAUUUUGCCCUAUAAAAAACUUGGAGCCAUUAACAGUGCCGACAUAGAUAAACAGCUGGAAAAAGAACCCGAUAAAGGUCAGAACAACUCAUCGGAAAUAUUCUGCAAUGUUUUAAAUUGUAAAAUGGUUUUCGAUAAUGUGGCCUCCUAUACGCUGCACUAUAACAGUAUGCAUCGUUUCAUAUGCCAGGAAUGUAAAAAAUCCCUACCGACAGAACACUUGUUGGACUUGCAUAUAUCGGAAAUACAUGAUUCGUAUUUUAAGGCACGUUUGGAUCGGGGUGAACGACUGUUCAAGUGUUAUGUGGAGGAGUGUAAAGAAAUGUUUUCCAAUGCCAUUGAGAGGAAGAAGCAUUGCAUCGAGGCACAUAAAUUUCCCGCAAAUUUUCGUUUUGGCCAGGUUAUACCACCAAUGAAACAUACAACUAAAGAAGAGGUGAAGAUUAGUUCCGAAUCAUCAAAUGUCAUGGAAAUGGGAGAACAUGUGGCAGAGGUCGCUAGUGGUGGUUCUACAAAUGAUAAUACCAUAAAACUCUUUUCCUUUGGCCAUCAACGAGAGAAGACAUUCCAAUUGAAAAAUGAUUCGACGAAAGGCAAAAGUGGUCAGGGUAAAGGUUUGGAUAGUUUUAGUUUAUUAAAAGAUGCUCUUGAUAUGGAUGUAUCCAAGUAG